AGGGAUUCACUAACAUGCACAGGUCACAUGCACUGUAGGGUUCUCAUUCAAGUACAGCCAUCACCAGUGCUGGCGCUAAAAGCUUUUGCCUCCAUCAACAAAAGAAUAAAAGAGAAUAACCCUUUUGCUUGUUAAACUCUCUUCUCGUACCUCCCUCCCAACGAGAGCAAGAGCCCUCUCUGUUUUUCAUUCUUUACCUCUGCAAGGUGGGACGUCGAGAGAGAGAAAAGUUUCCAGAAGCAAGUUCCCCUGGUGCUGCCCCGUUAUCUCAGCUCAAGAUGUACAGCUUCAUGGGUGGGGGUUUGUUAUGUGCCAUCGUGGGUAACAUCCUGCUGGUGGUCUCCACGGCCACCGACUACUGGAUGCAGUAUCGUCUGUCUGGAAACUAUGCCCACCAGGGUCUCUGGAGGUACUGCAUGUCCAACAAGUGCUACAUGCAGACUGACAGCAUAGGCUACUGGAAUGCCACCAGGGCCUUCAUGAUUCUGUCAGGAAUGUCCUGCUUUGCAGGCAUUAUCGCCAGCAUCAUGUCAUUUUCACACUUCUCCUCCUUUGAAAGAUUCAACCGCUCCUUUGCUGCAGGAAUCAUGUUUUUUAUCUCCACUUUCUUUGUACUACUGGCUAUGGCCAUCUACACUGGUGUGACGGUGAACUUCCUAGGAAAGCGCUUUGGUGACUGGCGUUUCUCCUGGUCAUACAUCUUGGGCUGGGUGGCCAUGCUCAUGACAUUCUUUGCAGGUAUUUUCUACAUAUGCGCCUACAGAAUAUAUGAGGGCAGGAGAGGAACUGGUCCACGCUAGAUGUCUGCAGAAAUCAAAGGACACUCUUUGUUUGGAUUAACAAGCAGACAGCAUCAAGGCACACCCAAUAAAGACACAACAUCUAAUGGAGAUACUUUGAUGCUCUGCUUGACUUGUUUAUGAAAGGACCUUGAAAUUACAGAUUUUAUUCUAAGAAAUACUGACUGUUUUUGCCAGCAGAUGGCAGCACUAGCUCAGCCUACCAUGGCCUCAAUCUGUGGCAAAUUUUUUUUUGUAUAUUUAUAUUUAAUUUGAAUAUUGCAUUGAAUAAGCUAACAAACGUGUUAUAGAGAGAGGAUUUUUUUUUAUCAUUAAUGUAUAAUCUGAAUUAUUUGAACCUCAUAUGAUGUAGACACAAUAUCUCAAUGCACAGUCUUUUACUAAGAGAAAAUACUCUGAGGGAGCAUUUAUUGUGUAAUUUGAAUUAAAUAACAAAGGUCUGUGUGCUGUA